CAAGACUCCUCCUACCAGAAGACUCCCGCAAUUACCACACACCAGUAUAUCUGCAACCAAGACUCUCAGUCAUGGCGGCUGGUACUUUUCAAGAUGGACAAAGAGCAGUGUUGUGUGAGUUUGUCAGUCCAUCCAUCCAGAGGACUGAUGGAUGAAAAGUUCAUCAUCCUGGUUCAGAAGGCCCUCCCUGGUUUCCAGCUGACCAUCCAUGCCUCCUACCAUUGUGAAGAUGGAAACAGCUGGGAAGCGUUUGCUCACUACACAGCUGAUGCCGGCGGGACUGUUAAUGUGUCACAGGAUACCAGUCUGGGUGGGACAUACUCUGGGGUUGAAGCGAUGGGUCUACUGUGGAGCCUCAGACCAGUUCCAGGCAGCAAACCAGGGCUCAGGUUGAGGAAGAAGAACGUCCAGACUCCCAUGGAGGUCACAAUUUCAGUGUACCAGGGUCACCAGACAGAGGGCUUUGUGGAUCAGGUGCCGCUGGCCAGUGUGUUGGUGGAGCGUUGGUACAUGGCACCUGGUGUCCACAGAAUCCCAAUCACAGAGGAAGGACUCACUGCGACCCUCUUCCUGCCUGCAGGACCUGGACCUUUCCCUGGCCUCCUGGACCUGUGGGGAGGUGCGGGGCAGUUGGUGGAAUAUCGUGCAGCACUGCUGGCCUCCCAUGGCAUCGCCUCUCUGGCCCUCGACUACCUAACAUCUAAAGUCACAGUGGAAACUGGAAAAAACGUGGACAACCAGUACUUUGAGACAGCCUAUAGAGUCCUGCAGAAGCAUCCUCAGGUGUGUGGCAGCAGGAUCGCCAUGUUGGGCCUUUCCUUCGGCGCCAGUUUCACCCUUAAAAUGGCUGUGUACUCCCAGGUUAUGAAGCUCAGAUGUGCCGUGUGUAUUGGUGGGAGUCAUGUGCAGCCGGUAGAUGGAUCUGUAGAACAAGUACUGGGUUACAUGCAUAAGAACACUGAGAAAACUCGUUUCAGUGAGCAGAACGAAACGAUCUUUCGAGAUUUGCUGCUGCCCAUCCCCACUGACCCCUCACUCAAAGUAGAUGUGGGACAACUCCAGUGUGCUCUGUUGCUGGUUGUAGGUGAGGACGAUCAGAACUGGCCUGCUGCCGAGUCUGCAAAGGACAUGAAGGAGAUGAUGGAGCGAGCAGGGAACAGCCACCUGCUGACCAUCCUGUCGUACCCCAAAACAGGCCACCAGAUUGAACCACCAUACACACCCCAUGUCAGGGCUGGGAUCUUCAGAACAGUGGACACACGCCAGAAGGUGAUGGCUCUGUGGGGUGGACAGACGGUGGAACAUUCCCAUGCUCAGGAAGAUGCCUGGAAGAAAAUACUGGUCUUUCUGAGGGAGAAUCUGUAUGAUGGCACAGACACUGGUGCAACCACUAGUAACUAAGAUGACUGUGCAUGAUUGUAGAAAUGCAAAGUGAAAUAUAAAUUCCAGUUGUUCUUCCCUAAAGAUGAUUCCACUGGCUGCUUCUUCAUGGCAACAGCUGACAUGUUUCUGGAGGCCUAUCUGCCAUAUAAUAGUUAAAUUAUUGAAGAGAGUUGAGUGUGAGACUCUGUGAGGAAAUCAUUUCAAUAUUAACGCAGAGAAAAACGAUGAAACCUGCAGAGUUCCUGCUGAUCUCCCUCUGCAGGCUGCAGCCUCAUUUUACAUUAUGAUUUCUCGUGAUGAACAUCAAAAACACACAUGUAGCUCUUGUUCCAUUUAAGCUUUAUGUACUUUGCUUGGACAAAAGUGUCUGCCAUAUGAAUGUAAUGCAAUUUUUUGAUUCAACUGUUUGUCAGAAAUUGUCAAUGGAGUCCAAAGUGACGUCUUGAUAACCUGAAAGAUUUUCAUUUGCAGUGAUGCAGAGAAUGGCAGCAAGUCCUGGCAUUGCAGGAAGUGACACCAGAGAACAGAUGGAGCUUUUCACUGAAAUGAUUUGAAUGAUCAUCAAAUUAUAGAUUCAUUUUCUGUAAACCAAUCCAAUCAGUCAUGAUGUGUUCAGAAAAUCAACCAUUUUUUGUUCUGCAUUCGGUCAUACAGUACAGUCAAUUCAUUGCUAAAAUACA